AUGGACCCUGUUGCCGACCUGGUACAUGCCAGUGGAUUGUCUAUUCGGAAAAUUGUGGAAAAAUUAUCUGAGCUUGGGAGACCGCUCAGUAAGAGUACAGUUGAACGGAUUAUAAAGAAACAUCAGUUGGUGUUGAGUGGAAGCCCACCGGAGACGCGUAAAUUGCCUGCGCAGAACAAGCCUACAGUAUGCAUUCCGAAGAUCAUCCGCAAAGUGGAAAAAUUAAUAGAUUCUCCGAAUCCCCCGUCUAUUCGAGAGAUCGCCCGACGUUUACGAAUCUCUCAUGUAUCCGUGAAAAAAAUUUUGGUGAAGAAUCUGGAAGCGAAGUUGACGAAAAAUAAGAAGGUCCACGCGCUAUCGGCGACCCAAGCUGUACAACGGGCCCAUCGCGCCAAGACGUUUUUGAGGUAUUUAUCGCGACGAAAACUGAAAUUUCUUUUAACAAUGGACGAGAUGUGGAUUACUACUGAUGAUUUAUCCGGGCAGACAGACUUCUACUACAAGCGCAAAAAUGUUGUCGUUCCUGAAAGUUGGCAAAAGCUGCCACGCAAAAACUGGCCCAAAAAAGUGAUGCUCGCGAUGGGGAUCUCUUGGCGCGGUCAAACCGCAAUGUACGUCGUUCCCCCUGAGACCAAAGUUGAUCACAAGGUAUUUAUCGACCUCGUCCUGAAGCCAAUGAUCCGAAAAGACGUACCGCGGCUACACGGAUCGGACGCCAAGAAAGUUGUCCUGCACAUGGACAGUGCCCCUUCCCAUGUGGCCAAAGAAACUGUCCAGUGGCUGAAAGCAGAGAAAGUGAAGUACAUUCCGAAAGAAGAAUGGCUGGCGAAUUCCCCAGAUGCUGCGCCGAUGGACUACGCGGUCAACUCGAUUUUUAAGCGAAUUUUGAAGUGCUGCGACGCGCGCGAUCACAGGCAACUGGCACGUGUCGCGCGCCGCAAGUGGAAGACCUUUUCAAUUGUUAAAAUUCGAAAUGCACUCAGAUCGUGGAAAUCCCGUAUUCGUUGUGUAAUCAAAGCUAACGGCUAUCAGUACGAGCAUAUUUGGAAACAAAAUUGUAAUUAGCUAAAUUACAA